UUCUUUACAGAUGGAUCUGAGACAUCUGCCUCUGUCACCCUCAUGGCAAACAAUAGAGCUCUGGCAGCAGCAUUAGGUACAAUUACUUAUGUUAGGAGGAGAAGACAGAGUGGCCAAAUAGUUGGAGCGCUGGGCUUGAAAUUUUUGAGCCCCCAAUUCAAGAGCCGUCCUUACCACAGGCUGGAUUUUUUUCUUGGUAGUCCUAAAAUCACAUCCUUGGCCACACUUGUAAAGUAGCCAACUGGUUUGCCUCCUACCAGUUGGGAUUUUUUUUACCAUGUUAUGUUUCAUUAUGUGUUUUAUAAUCCCUGAAAAGCCCCAUGAGGGUAGGCUCAAUUUCCGCCGCUCUCUCAUUUCCUGAACAGCGGCUGGUAAUUGAGCCUACAUGAGGGGAGAGAUUAUUAAAGUACUCUAAAAUUCCGAAAAUAAGCCCCUCCAUGUGUAAGCCUCUCCAAAUAUAAGCCCCCCAAACUCGUAAUGCAAAAAACCCUCCAUUAAAUUGCCCCUCCAAAUAUAAGCCCCCCCAGGGGCUUGUACUUGGAAAUUGCCCUCAAAUACGUACAAAGUAAAACAAAGCAAAAAUGGUAAAUUUCCUUCCAACUAUAAGGCUAGCCCAAUUGAUUGUGAAACGCAAAUUACGCUCCGUAGAUAAGCCCCUUCGAAUAUAAGCUCCUCCAAAAAUAAACCCGUCAAAAAGGGCCUUUGAAAAAUAUAAGCCCCGGGGCUUAUUUUCAGAAUUUUACGGUAUUCAAUUAUUAUUAUUAUUAUUAUUAUGUAAAAUUUAGCAUAGGGAUUUUCCCUGGGGAGAAAUAUCCAGUCAAGUCUCAUCCCGAUACCUCAGACUUCCAGCACCUUUCUGAGGAUAUGUCCGAGGAGUGCCGACUUUUGCAUCGUUCUUGUUCGGUUUUUAAUUCCUAGUUGCUCCAAGUGGCCUUCCAGCUUCUUUGAUUCUGAACCCAAUGCACCUACAACCACUGGCACCACUUUUGUCCUUGAUUUCCGGAUCCUUUGAAUCUCUCUUGCCAGGUCUUGGUACUUUUCACACUUUUCAGUUUCUUUCUGCAGAAUAUUACUAUCUCCGGGAACAGCUAUGUCCACAAUGAUUGUUUCCUUUGCCUUCUUUUUCUGAAUUACAAUGUCAGGCCCUCUUGUGAUGGAUUUCACGGUCUGUUUGGAUGGUAAAGUCCCACAACAGUUUAACCUCCUCAUUCUCUUCUACACUUUUGGGGGAAAGCUCAUACCAUUUGUCACUGCACUCAACUCCAUAUUCCUUGCACACCUCCCAAUGAAUGACCCGCCCAACAACAUCAUGCCUCUUUUUAUAUUCUGUCUGCGCAAGCUUGGGGCAACUACACAAAAUAUGCUGCACAGUUUCAUGGUGGCUACCACACAUUCUGCAUUUGGAUGAUACAUUUUGGUUUUCGAUUCUGGCUUUUACGGCGUUUGUUCUUUGUGCCUGAUCUUGCGCGGCAAAAAUAAGCCCUUCUGUCUCCUUCUUCAGUUCACCAGUUCUUAUCCGCUCCCAAGACACACCAGAUAGGUCAUCUGUCUCUCUCUUGAACUGCCCAUGCAGCUGCUUUCCAGACCAGUCCUCAGUUCUUUUCCUUUUCAUCUUUUCCUUAUAUUCCUUUGGCGUUUCAAUUUCAUUGACAUUCUUCCUCUUCCAUGCAGCUAUCAACAACCGUUCCUGGCUCUGACAGACAUAGACAUUGAUAUUUCUUUCUUCAAUAUUAAUGGCAUCCUCAACACUAAUUAGUCCAUGCCCUCCUUCUCUUCUUGGUAGGUACAAGCAGCUUACAUUGGACCUGGGGUGAAGAGCGCCAUGGAUGGUUGAUAGUUUCCUGGUCUUACGAUCCAAUUAAGCAAGCUCACUCUUUGUCAAAUUUACAAUCCCCCCACUGUAUCGGAGUAGAGAUACAGCCCAGCUGUUAAUAGCCUUUAUGACAUUACCAGCAUUUAGCUUUGAGGACAAAGUUUUCUUCACUCUCCUAAUGUACUCCUUCUUCAUACUUCUCUUCACUUCGUCGUGCAUAAUGUCAUCGGUCUCCAACACCCUCAGAUAUUUAUAACCUUCAACAUCAUCUCCAAUACACCUCGGAUAAUUCUUCCAUCAGGCAAUCUUAUGCCCUCUGACUUAUCCAGCUUGCCUCUUUUCAUUACCAUCGUUGCGCACUUCUCGAUUCCAAAAUCCAUACCAAUGUCACUGCUGAACACCCGGACAGUAUGUACAAGUGAGUUAAUUUCCUUCUCAUUUCUUCCAUAUAAUUUCAGGUCUUCCAUCAACAAUAAAUGGGUUAUCUUGCCCUCUUCCUUACUGAGUUGGUAGCCUGCUCCUGAAUCGUUCAGUACACUGCUGAGAGGCAGCAUUGCAAUCACAAAUAACAAGGGGGAUAAGGAAUCCCCCUGGAAUAUUCCUCUCCUGAUGGACACUUCACCAAGGUCCUUACCACAUGCUGUUAGUUGUGUUUUCCAGGACUCCAUGCUUUCCCUCAUUAGCUGCUUGAUAUUAUCUGCAGCCCCUACAAGAUCAAGUGAUUCUAAUAUCCAGGAAUGGGGAACAGAAUCAUACGCCCUCUUAUAAUCGAUCCAAGCUAUUGCUAAGUUGGUUUUCCUGUGCUUGCAGUCUCGAAGUAUUGCCAUAUCUAUAACCAGUUGGUCCUUUGUUCCUCUGCUCUCCUUUCGGCAACCUUUCUGCUCAUCUGGUAACAAUGAGCUCUGGUGGAGAUGUUGGUACAAAUCCUCUGCUAUGAUCCCCGUUAGUACUUUCCACAUUAUGGGUAAACAUGUUAUUGGCCUAUAGUUUCCCACAGCAUUCCCUUUCACCUUGUCUUUGAUCAGCAGAACAGUUCGUCCCUUUGUCAUCCAUUCAGGAAUGCCCCUGCCAUCAAUGCAUUCUUGCAGCUGCAACGCCAUCCGUUCAUGUAGUUUCUUCAUGCUCUUCAACCAGAAUCCUUGUACGUUAUCGGGGCCGGGAGCCUUCCAGUUUGGGAUCUUCCUUAUUGCUUGUAGCUUAUCAAUAUCAAUGGUCAGAUCAUGUUGUUGUUCUACCUGGGUCUUUCCCUUUAGGUCAUUUAACCAACCAGCAUCUCUUCUGUGUUCCACUGGCCGGUCCCAAAUAUUACUCCAAAACUCUCUGGCUUCAUUAGCAUCAGGAGUCGGUUGUUCACUUCCCUGUGAGUCAUCAAGUUCUUUGUAAAACUGCCUCCGAUUAACCUCAAAUAACCGGUUCUGCUGGUAUUGCAAAAUUCGGUCAUUGUAUCGCUUGAUUUUAUGAGCUUUUGCACUGAUACGCUGUUUCAGUUCUUCAAUCACAACUGCGACCCCCUUGGUCUCUAUUUUGUACUUUCUCCACAACUGAUUCCUGAUUCUCGGCCUACUGCACUCUUUUCUAUAGACAUGCUCUAAUCGGCUAAGGUCUUUUCGCAGCUGAUCCACCUGUCCUUGUAACCGUCUUUUCCACCAUGGUUCUUUGGUUGCUUUCUUCUUGCCAGGUUUGAGACCCAGUCUUUCAGUUACUACUACUGCAGUGGCAUGCAGUAGCCUGUUGGUUUCCGAGAUGUCUUUUGUUUGUAUUUGGGCCGCUACUUCUUCUACAACCUGGAGUUCCUCUCUUAUCCUUCGCUUUGCAAUUUUCUUCAAAGCUGGUACUUUGUCUUGGUCCUGACUCAAUCUGAUUUCAUUCAGUCUUUUCCAAAUUACCAGUUGGUCUUCAGACAAUUGCCGAGGUGCUUCAUCACACCCUUCACUCUGUACCUGGGCUUCUUGCGCCAUCUGUGGGUCCAUCUCCUUUACAUUCUCGGUAGGUAAUUCAUGCUCGUUACCAUCGUUAGCUUCCUCUACAACAACUGUCCCAUUUUGUUCAUCACAGUUUCCAUGCUUGUUCCUCUUGAUCUCUUCUAGCUCCACAGCUGUGAACCAUUUACUUUUCAAGAUAGUACGGGCCUGGUCUGCAAGCUUCUGUUCAGUCACUUUUACCAUUCCUUUCUCAUCCCACAACCUAAGCAUUCUCUGGCGGUACCCUCUUUUCUCCGGGAUGCUCUUAAAAUAGCAUUCCAUCAAAACCCUAUUCUCCUCGAUUGGCCAUUUCCUUCUUCCCUUUCUCGAACCACUCUCUUGAGCCGCAGUAGCAGGAUAACGACCGGGUGCUGGCUGCUGUCCCCCAGUAACCCUGCCGGGCAAGGCACCUUCGUCAAAGACUCCAGUCCUAUUCACGCCGUUACUCAUAUCCACAAUAGACAUACUUAUCAUCACAUUGGUGAGAGAUUAUUAUUAUUCGUGGUGCCACCACUAGAUAGAAUACCUACCAAUGUUUUACAGAGCCCUAUCUACCCUGUGCUGUAACCCUAGCAGGGGUGGCUGUGGGGUUGCGAACACUUGCCAAAGGUGUCACCCCAGACUCUGGUGGGCGGGGUUGUCCAUUUCCCCGUGGUAGGCUGAGGUCCAACCUGUCCUACCCCAGUGCCCAAUUAUUAUUAUUAUUAUUAUAUUAUUAUUAUUAUUAUUAUUAUUGUUAUUGUUCCAUUUGUUUGCUAGUUGCAUUUUGUAGUAAAUUUCGGAGGAAUUAUACCAUCUUUUGAGAAUAUGGAUAGCAGGUUAAGGUAUUCAGUCAAUUGUUAGUACUUUUUUUUUGGUAAAUACGGCUGUAAAUGUCAAUCUUUUUCAGCGGAGGCACAGCAACAAGUAAGAUCCCUGCACCAAGAAAACAUCAGUCUGAAAAAGCAAAUUUGUGACAACCAUCUUAAUUUUGUUGAGAAAAGCAGCAAACUAGAGAAACAAGUGAAGUCUGUUGAAUACCUCUCAAAAGAAGCUCAGGUAGGUUUAAGGUCUGCUGUGUUUUCCUUGGGCAAGUACAGGUACCCUUGCUGUAAUAAGCCUCCUGCUCAGGUUUUCACCAUUUUUUAGAAUAACAUUAGAUGGAGGCAUUAGGUUGAGUAGGGAACGCUGGAAAGUUGGUUGGAGAGUCGGCUUUUCUAUUUUGCUUGAAGGUGUUACUGUGCUAAGAGUACACUGGUGCUGAUGCUCCCCAAAUUUAGAACCCCAUCCCCCACAGCAAAAAUUGCGAAUACCGGUAAGUGCCCUCCCUCCCUUGUCUUCACUUUCUUAAAUAAGUUAAGUAUAUCCUCUUUCUUCUCUCACUUUUAUAAUAAAAUUGUUAUUAUUGUUUUUUAAACUUUGGCUAUACUUGCAUUGCAGAACAGGAGAACAGUGUCUUCUUCACUGAGCAGGGGGGAAAGAAUGUAGCUAACAUUUACUAGCCCAAAAGUCAUUUUAACUACUAGCCAAAAAUAAUUCUUGACCAGAUUGGUUACAAAUCUCCUGUAACUUGAAUUCCCCCGAAAAAAAUUCACUUUCCCCUUUCGGGCAAGUUAUAAAGAAUAGAAUUCACUAGGUCAAUAGCAAAAACCACUGGCCCCUAGCUAUCUGACGUGAUUUUCUCUGAAUGCUGCUGAGUUAGUUUUACAUGCAUAGUUGGUCUCUAUGUCCAAGAUGGUUAUGAACUUUAGUCUAAACUAUCCUUUUAAGGGCCCAUGUUUACCCAAGCAGCUUUGCACGCAUUGUGGUUUUGUUUUGAAAUCCUUUUUUUCAAUCUUUUGUCAAAUUCAGUGUUUUGAUUGGCAGAGUGUUCGCCUUUUUUCAUGCUUGGCUGAGGCGUGACCCAACACACACUGAAGAUGGCAAUUUUCAACUACGCGAAAUCAUUUUCCUGGAGUACAAGGGGUGCAAAGCUGCUUGGGGGAACAUGGGCCCUUAACAAUAUUUUAUUAUUGUAAUAAUCAAUAUUUCAUAUUGUUAUAGGUUGUCUUCAGUAAGGUUUACAACCUGCUUAGUCAGUCCUCCGCAUUUUAUGUCCAAGGAACCAACAGUCUGUCAGAUGCUGUAAAUCUUGUCAGUUCUAGUCUGUCCAAGGUAGAUGUAAUGGACAAUAGUGAGCAAUAUAUGGAGCCACCGGAAGCAAAAAUUGCAUGCACCACUCCUCCUCCUGAUGAGCCGACAGAGAUGGAAUUUACAGCAUCGCAGUCUGUUGUUAUUGAAACUUUUGACCCAGCCAUGACUGGAGGUUUGUUAAAUUUGCCUUUUUGGUAGUAGUUGUCCUCAAGAACAUGAAUACAUUGUGUCAUUUUAAAAAUGAUUGUUCCUUUUUAGAUCCACUAAUUCAGUCAAAACAACCAGAUGUUGAUGAUGAUGGAAUGUCAUUAGACAUUAUAACACAAGAACUUGCCACAAGACGUUCAAAGAGGAAAAGUUGUACGGGUGUCAGUUAUACUGAACCGGGUCUUCGCAAGUGAGGAAUUUUUACUGUUAGUUUUUACUUUCAUUUUGUAUAAUUAUUUCACUACGAUUUCCAUAGUACGUACAUUGUAUGCUUUACAAUACAUGUUCGUGCACUUAAAACAUGGCAGCAGUUAUUACAAACUAAACUUUGCAGUGAAACUACCCCUGGGACUUAUGGUUCCACUUGAGUUUUGAACAUUUUGACAUUGUUUCUGUGCUUGAUAAGAAACUAGAAAACCAUGGGAAAUUGUUGUUAAUUUGGUAAUGUUAUUUAUCACUGUUGUCUGUGUCAUUGUUAAAUAGCAAACUGCGCAGAGGUGACCCAUUUACAGACACCAAGUUAUUUGGAGUAGAAUUGGUGAAAGACACUAGGAAAAGUAAGUCCACUUGA